AGAUUCAUGUCAAAAAUCCCGAACUAUCCCUUUAAUUAAAUAUAAAUAAAUUUUAAGAAAUAAAAUAAAACGUGAAAUACUAUCCAUAAUAUCCGAAUGGAUGAAAAUAUCAACCGAUGACAAGAAAAUGAAAGGAGAUACAAAUUAAGUUAAUAAUUUUAAAAGGUUUGCAAGUGCUUCUGGGUAGCCAUACGUAGCAUACGUACGCAUUCCCGCCGGUUCCGCUGACAGACAGUUAUCCGCCAUUGGUAGACUAGGCUGUGAUGGGAAAAGGUGGAGGUGGCUUUGCUAAUUAUGACGAGUAUGACAAAAUUACUGUCGUGGCUUAAAUCCGCGAAUGGGAGCGUGGAUCAGGAGAGAGGGAGAACUGAAGAGGACGUGUGUGAGCCGAGCGCAGAUGCUAACGACAGUGGCAAAACCAGCCCCAGAACUGCUAGCAAACGGCAGAAACCAGUGAGGAGGAUGUAUGACGAAAAAUACAUAAAACUGGGAUUCAUUUGGAGCGGGACAGAGGAGCUGCCCAGGCCGCAGUGUGUUGUAUGCGGAGACAUUCUGAGCAAUGAGUCCAUGAAACCAUCGCAUCUCAAACAGCGUCUUACAACCAAACACACAGCACUAAAGGACAAACCAGUGGAUUUUUUUUUUUUACGAAAACGUGAUGAACUGAAGCAGGCCAAGUCCACCAUUCUGUCCUAUGGUACACCUGUAGCCAAAGCACAGGAAGCUUCAUAUCGUGCCAGCCUCCUGAUCGCCAGAGCCGCUGUGCCUUAUUACAUCAGCACAGAGGUGACGAAGAAGCCAUGUCCCAACCUGAUCAAAGGUCUGGGUCGCGUGCGCUCUCUGUGCCGUAUCCUCAGGUUACCCAAAGAAAUGGAGUCUGCGGUGGUGAGCUUGUACGAGCGUGCCUAUCAACACCCCCACUUUCUGAAUGGGAGACUGGUGAAGAAGGAGAUGCUGGGGGGCUCCUGCGUGCUGUCUGUCUGCAGACAGAGCAACUGGCCUGUUGCUAUGGGAACUAUCAGCAUGCUGUUAGACGCCGACCCAGCUUCUAUAGGUGCCCUCUAUCAUGACCUGAAUAAAGCCCUGAACAUUGAAGGAACAGCAGCAUGUAGCUUCACUGAGCUGCUGGAGAGCCACUGUCACGAGUAUAAGCUGGGUCCCAGGGAUGUGCCUGAUAUCUAUGUGGAGUCAGUAGAGCGGUUGGUGCAGCGGAGCACUGCUUUGUUGGAACUAGCUGCUGAUGUGUGGUUAGUGACCGGGCGCCAACCACUUCCCCUCCUCACUGCGUGCGUGUAUGUAGCCUGGCAGUCUCUCAAACCCAUGGCCCGAAUGAAGUACACACUGAAUAAGUUCUGUGAGCUAGCAAGGCUGCCGAAGUCGAAGCAGUCGAGCAUGACGCGGCGGGACACGGUGCUGCGGCGUGUCCGUGAGCUCAGGGAGGCGCUGUGUAAGCUGGGCCGUGUCCUGCCCUGGCUCGGAGGCAGCACCGUUGAGCCGAGCUCCGUCUGCACGCUGGUCGAUGAUAUACUCUCAUACCGCAGAACUCUGAUGCUGCAGGCCAUGAGGAGCUAUGAGCUUGAAGAGGAUGCUGAGGAACAGAGUGCAGCCUCCUCUGAAAAGGAGCACUGGAGUAAAAGGCACCUUUUCCUGCCUCCUUCAGCAAGAAAUGCAAAGCGUCCAAGACCCAACUCGCCAGAGCCAGACGUCUCCAGAGACGACGAUAUAUCGGACACGGAGAUAGAAUCAUACAUUCGGUCACCAGAGGAGGUGAAAAACUAUCUGGAGGUGCAGAAGAAACUGAUGGAGGGCAAGAAGUCUAAGGAGGAAGUGAACACUAAUUAAACUAGAUUUUACUUUUCUUUUAUUUAAGCUCUUUUCUUGUUCACAGAGGACAUCUGCAGUAUGCACUUUAUACUAGCUUUAUUAAAUUCCCUUUAGUGCGCAUUAUUGAGCAUGAGGGAUAUGGUUGGUCUUUUUUUGUCCUGCUGUUUUUGCAGUAACUGUUUGGAGUCUAGACAAAGGUAAGAGAAUCAUGGACAGCCUGCCUUUAAGUCCAUAUGUGGAAAUAUAGUUAGUUUUUUGUUUCUUUUUUAUCAGACAUCUAGUUUUUGGGUUUGUUUACCUGACAUGUUUUGACGUACGACUGUCGUCUUC